AUGACGCGCGCGCAGCAGACCCUCUCUGUCCUUCUCCUCGUCUCCUCCCUUUACCUCAGUCUCUACCUUGGCCUUGUUCCCCUGAACGAAACUGUCCAGAACGAAAUCAUCCCCGUGCUUCCCUUCUGGGCGAUUAUUUGUUUCGGAGCCUACCUACUCGGCCGCCUGGGUCUUGCGAUCUUCACCUUCAACGACGUCCCCGAGGCACACGCAGAGCUGCAGAAGGAGAUCGAACUGGCUAAAGUUGAGCUGCGCCAGGGCAAGGUGGACAUCGACUAA